AUGUCUUCUCUGUUCGGCAACUCUACCAACACGGCCAACACCGGCGCGAAACCUGGAGGAAUAUUCUCGUUGAACACGCAACCGUCUGGCGGGUUAUUUGGAAAUACACAGCAGAACAAACCAGGGGAGUUGAAAGGCUUUGGCUUCUCUACACAAAAUCAGAACACAACACAAGGCUCGUCCGUCUUUGGGAGUUCGACUCAGCAACAAAACAACACAUCUAGCAAACCUGGCUUGUUCACCUUUGGCCAAAGCCAGCAGCAACAAGAUGCGAAUAAUCCGCCGCAACGAGACCUCAGCCAGACCCUGCGGUUUGGCAAUUCGGUGGUGAACGCGCAACAAGCUGCACAGGCGCUCUGGGAGGAAGGACGUGGACUAGGUGUCUAUCGAUCAAUUCCGGAUCAGAUGGAGAUCGUCAAAGAUAAAUGGGAUGCGGCCACGCUAUCCUCGCCACUGCAAGCUUAUCUCUACGCGUAUGUUGGCGAUGAGAGGAAUGCUCUGCACUAUCGGCCGGGGCCUGAUGAAGAUGAGACCAAGUGGGAGGAAGCGGUUACGAAACGCCCAGGGCCUGCAUGGGUUCCCGUCCUUGUCCGUGGGUUCGGUAACAUGGCAAACAAAGCACAACUGCAGAUGGAGACGAUUGCGAAAUGCAACAUGCUCUUGAACGAGAUCAAUACUUCUCUGGACAUGCAACUUGAGACGCACAACCAGAAGGUGACUGCACGGCUGGCCGAGUGUAAGCGGCGGCAAACAGCUGCGAGCAGACGAACACUAGCUUUGGCCGUCAAGGUACAGAUACUACGCAACAAAGGUUAUGUGAUGGACAAUGCGGAGGAAGAGCUGAAAUCGAAGCUCGAGAAGCUCGAACGCGAUGUAUGCGAUCCCGCCCUCGAUGCUCGAGAACAAGAGAUCUGGGCACGUAUGCUGGGCAUCAGGGAGCGCGCGAAGCGCUUGAAGGCUGAAAUGGAGAAGAUCACACCUGCUGCACUUGCGGAGGAGCCUGUGCUAGACGAAGAGACUGUCAAGCAGGCCAAGGAGAUUCUUGAAGCAUAUGACACCCAGCUCCGACAUCUUCACAAGGAGCUUCAGCUUGUCCAACAGGAAUACCAGGAUUGGGAGAAGUUCUCGAAAGGUAACGAUUCAAAUCCGUUGCGCAGAAGAUGA